CUCCGCGUCAGAUUAGGGAAGAACAGACCUGAAAUCUUCCUGUUGGGCUGUUUCCUGAGAAACAUUGAGAGAGAAGGAAGAAGAGUUUUGCGGAGAGAGGGAAGACAGAGAGAGAGAGAGAGUGAGAGAUGUGGGUUUUCUAUCUGAUCUCUCUGCCGUUGACGCUGGGCAUGGUGGUGUUGACGUUAAGGUACUUCGCGGGGCCAGAUGUGUCUCGGUACGUCCUCUUCGCCGUCGGAUACACCUGGUUCUGCUCUCUCUCCAUCAUCAUCCUCGUCCCCGCCGAUAUUUGGACGACAAAAAUUGGUCAUUAUAAUGGAGGAAUCUCUUUCUUUUGGAGCUGGUCAUAUUGGAGUACCUUUUUACUUACUUGGGCUGUGGUGCCUAUACUUCAGGGUUACGAAGAUGCUGGGGACUUCACAGUGGCUGAAAGAUUGAAGACCAGUGUACGCGUAAACUUAGUAUUCUACCUAUGUGUCGGUUCUAUUGGACUUUUUGGGCUUAUACUGCUCAUUAUUUUGCGCAAAAACUGGAGUGAUAAUAUUCUUGGGUUUGCAAUGGCUUGCUCAAAUACUUUUGGACUUGUCACUGGUGCAUUUCUUCUUGGCUUUGGUUUAAGUGAGAUUCCAAAGGGCAUCUGGAAAAAUUCUGACUGGACUAAUCGUCAAAAAAUUCUUUCCCAUAAAGUGGCUAAGAUGGCCGUGAAACUUGAUGAUUCUCAUCAAGAAUUUUCAAAUUCCAUUGUAGUUGCUCAAGCAACAUCAAAACAAAUGUCCAAGCGUGAUCCUUUGAGACCAUACAUGAAUGUUAUUGAUAAUAUGUUGCUUCAGAUGUUUAGUGAUGACCCAUCUUUCAAACCACAAGGUGGAAGAUUAGGGGAAAACGAUAUGGAUUAUGACACUGAUGAAAAAUCAAUGGCAUCAUUAAGACGCCAACUUAGGAGAGCUCGGGAGAACUACUACAGAUGCAGAAGUGAAUAUAUGAAUUUUGUGACUGAAGCCCUUGAGCUGGAGGACACUAUCAAAAAUCAUGAUCAUUGUCAUGCCACUGGAUGGAAAUACAUUUCAAGCUUUAGAGGUGAGCGAGUUGGCACGCUAGGGUCCUUUCUUGAUACAAUUGAGUUGGUUUGGCGAUGUAUUCUGAGGAAGCAGCUUCAGAAAGUCUUGGCUGUGAUACUUGGUUGCAUGUCAAUUGCAAUUCUUCUGGCUGAGGCCACCAUAUUGCCCAGUGUUGAUUUAUCUUUAUUCUCUAUAUUGGUAAAUGCUGUGGGAAAUCAAGAGGUGCUAGUGCAGGUGGCUGCCUCCAUUCCUCUUAUGUAUAUGUGUGUGUGCACAUAUUAUUCCUUGUUCAAAAUUGGAAUGCUAACAUUCUACUCAUUCACUCCAAGGCAAACAAGUUCAGUCAGCUUGCUUAUGAUAUGCUCGAUGGUUGCUCGAUAUGCUCCUCCAAUAUCUUUUAACUUUGUCAAUCUUAUUCAUCUUGAUGAUCGGACUGUCUUUGAAAAGAGAAUGUGGAAUAUUGAUGAUGCUGUUCCUUUCUUUGGGAAAGGAUUUAAUAAAAUAUAUCCACUUAUCAUGGUUGUAUACACAAUAUUGAUUGCAAGUAAUUUUUUUGAUCGGGUCAUUGAUUAUUUUGGGAACUGGAAGAUAUUCAGGUUUCAAAGCGAAGCUGAUGAUUUGAAUGGAUUCGAUCCUUCGGGAUUGAUUAUUUUGCAGAAAGAGCGUUCUUGGCUUGAACAAGGUCAUAAAGUUGGUGAACUUGUUAUUCCAUUAGCAAGGAAUUUCAACAACGUAAGUAUGGAUGAUCUUGAGUCUGUCAGCAAUAGCAAGGUUGCUGCCGAAACAAAAGUGACAUCCACUUUGAUCGAGGAUGGUCAGAGAGAUCACUCGAAAUUGUUGAGAGGACUGGCGCAGCAUCAGACCAGCAGAGAAUCCAUCGGCCAAAAGUAUAAGGCCAUACGGGAACAACAGAGCAAACAACAGACCCCUGAAAAUCUUUUGACAGAAAAGAGCAAACCCUCAUCAAGUGCUGGCAACUUCCAGAAUACGAUGGUUGGUCCAUCAACCUGGGAAUCCAUGAAAAUGGGUUUCCAAAAUUUCAAGUCUAAUAUAGGGGCCAAGAAGUUCCUUCCGCUGCGCCAGGUUCAAGAUACACACCCACAUCAGUCCCCUGCUACCUCAUCGGAAUCCCUUGAUGAAAUCUUCCAGAGACUUAAUCGGCCGACUCUGGAACAUGGAGAGUAUGACGGUGACGACUAUGACAAUGAUCAGGCAAUGGAUGUUAGGAACCCAGGGAUAAGGAGAUGAGUGGUCAAUCUCUCAGGGCACAGCUACCCCAAAAAGGUUCUGUGGAGCUGGGGGUGUUAUAAUUUUGUUUCACAAGAAGCUUGUUUUGCAGGGACGUUGAUGGUGUGGUGACUGUCAAAUUGUCUGAUGCACAGAUAGAUCAUCUGCAGGCAAUAUAGUGUCGGCAUAUAUAAUAGAAGUAAUCAAAAUGUAUUGAUAGUGUACAAAUAGAUAAUGCGACCCCACCCACAUUUGAAACCCAUUUAUUUGUGGCAGGCGAACAAUGUCAGCUUGUAACUGUGGCUUCCUCCAUAUGACUCAACAACAUUUGACAACUGAAUAUAGUGAUCUCAGUGAAUACAAAUUCUGCCGGGCUCUUGAAAGUCAUCA